AUGGUUGCACACCAGCUGCGCAUUGAGCAAGUGGUAGCCAAUCCAGUUGACGUACUGGAUUGCCUAUUACCAGAGAGCAUGAGUGCAGUCGAUGGCAACCUACACAUGUGGGAGACUGGAAAGCUCAGCAAAACUCAGUGCUCUUGCUUCCUGGCUUGCUUGAUCUUUGUCAACGUUGACAAAAUGACAGAAACUGAGCUUCGGUGGACCGAUACAUCUCCCUAUAAUUUAAGCAGUAUUUUGAGGCAGACUCUGCCAAUGAAUGAGAGUGAUUGCUAUGCAUUACAGUUGAAUCCAGUGGGUCAAGGCUUUGUGUUUACAGGGCUUUUCUGCUUCUUGCCUCUGCCAUACAUUUGUGAAUAUGAAGCCUUAGUUCUUCCAAAGAUGAUUAGACUAAAAUUAGAAGAUGUUAAAGAAAAUGAAGCCACCAUUGUCUGGGAUGAUUUGCAGGAUUUAUUCACAUCAAGAUCUGAGCUAUUUAUUUGGUUCCAAACUAUUUCUGGUGAAAGAAAACUGUAUUCCCACAGUGUAUUACUAAAUACUACUAAAACAGCUAUUCCUGGGCUGCACCCUGGACACCAGUACUAUUUUGCAUUAAUGAUGAGAGACAGCGCAGGUGCUCGAAGUCCGCUUACUCCAGUUUUGAACGUAAAAACAAGACCAAAUCCACCGAAGAAUAUUACAUUUGGAGAAGUAUCUUCCACUGCACUACAGGUUCUUUGGGCUCCUCCAGACAAAACAGAGAAUGCAUCAUUUCAUCAUUAUCUGGUCAGUUACAUGGCUUUUGGAUCAAAAAAUCUAGGAACUGAAGAUGUUAAAGGAGGCGAAACAUCCUUAGUACUUAGGAAUCUUAAGCCAUUCCACUCCUACAAAAUUUAUGUACAGGCAGUGGCUGAAGGUGGAUCACUAAGUUGUGCUGAAGGACCAUUGUUUGCAACUACAGCUCCCAGUCCUCCAGUCAGUAUUUAUGUUGACAACGCAGAUGUUUGGGAGAACAGAAUCACUGUGCACUGGGAACCACCAUUAGAAGGAAGUGAUGAAUACCAUCUUCAAAUACAAAUGAGCAAUGAUAACAAUGAAGUAAAAGAAUAUUCAGUGAUAAAUGCAACAGUAUUUCAAUUUAAUUUUAUGAUCCCAGGUGUCACAUAUAACAUUGGGGUGAUGGCAGUGAAGAGUGGGAAGAGAAGCGAACCAAAAUUUGUUACACAAACGACAAAGCCUAAACCAGUUGAAAUAGUUGUUCCCAUUGACGUUCAGACUCACUCAACAGUGCUCUAUGUUGGAAUGCCAAAAGUUGGCUUAUUUGAUGGAAUUAAUGUUACAUGUGAAGAUGGAAGUAAAAGAAUCCCUACAGAUAAAAUAGAUGUUAAUAUAACCAUAGAAAACCUGACACCAGGCAAAGAAUAUAUCUUUGCUGUAUAUGUAACCAGUGGCAAUAUGAAGAGCAAAGCCUACAGAGUUCCUGUUGUGAAAACAUGUUUGGUACCACCCACAAAUUUACGUGAAGGAAAAGUCACAGAAACAUCGUUGGAAUUACUGUGGGAUAAAGCAGAAGGCCAUUUCUACCAAUAUGAAGUGCAAUGUGCAAACUGUGAUAAGCAGCUUGUGGUUCAAAAGGUUGACCAAGAGUGUGUGGUAUUUACAUACCUGACACCAGGAAAACUGUAUAAUAUUUCACUUCGAACAGAAAAGGAAGGCUAUCGAGAUAGCAUACCUGUGAAACAAUUAAUACGUACAUUGCCAAGCCCAGUGGAGUAUUUGAAUUAUAACAAGACUUCUGAUUCAGUAACUAUCAGCUGGCCUCAACCUGCUCAUAUAUUCGAUGGAUAUAAUCUUACACUAUCCAGCAAAAUAAUCUACCAGGUUGUUAACAUUCCUUUUACACAUUCACGAACUUAUAAUUAUGACAAGCUGCUACCAGGUAACCUCUACUAUGUAAGUAUUGAGACCACGAGUGCAACAAAGAAGAGCCAUCCCACUACAAUCAAUGUUACAACAUUUCCCGAACCUCCAGUGGACUUGCAAUUUGUUGAACAGGAUGAGUACUCAGUAUACCUAUUUUGGAUGCCUCCAAGAGGUGAUUUUGAUAUUUUUGAGUUAAGGUACCAUUUAUCUGGAACCAAUGAAACUAUAUAUAGAACAACUCUACGUGGCAACAGUUUCAGGAUCAAAGAUCUCAUUCCAGGAGCAGAAUACAUAUUUCAAAUAAAAACAAUUAAAGGGAUGGAUGAUAGUGAAAUAAUUGAGAAAAGGCUAAAAAGAAAACCCGAAAGGCCUCAAAUGCUAGAAGUUUCAAAUAUUUUAGCAACAGCGUUCACUUUACGCUGGAGAGCACCUGUUGGAUACGUUGAUUAUUAUAAAGUGGAUCUCAUUCCUGAUCAAGGUUUUGUUAAUGUCACAGACCUAGGAGAUGGCAACUUCAAGGCUGAUGUUUCUGAUGCUACACCAGGUAUACAGUACACCAUCACAGUCUCCUCAGUUUCUUCAUCAUUUAGCAAGUCUGUCAGCAGAUCAUUUACAACAAAUGAAACUAAUGCUGCCUCUCCGGAUGAUCUUACUGUAGGCCCCAUUGGUGCUACAGCUAUAAUGCUGGCAUGGAGCUUGCCUUCUCAUGCAAAUGGAAGAAUUUUAUCCUAUAGGGUAGAGUACAAAGAGGUUUGCCCUGCGCAGCAAGCCAGCUUUAUCCACGUUUCAACAAAUGCAGAUACUCCUGAAUUUCUUCUCAAUAAUCUGAAACCAGGGACUGCUUAUAAAAUUCGGGUUGCAGCUGAGAAUAGUGUGGGCAUUGGAGCUUUCAGUACUUUCCGGCAAGUUGUAACUGCAGAAAGUGCCCCUGGUCCAGUUUCAUCUCUUACUGCAACAGUAGUCAACCAUUCAACUGCUAAUGUGACAUGGUUUCUACCUAAACGACCAAAUGGGAAAAUUACACAUUUCAGUAUAAUUAUAAAGUCUGUAAGAAGUGGACAUAUAUCAAAGAAUAUAUCAGUGAAUGCUGAUACCCUUUUCCCAAACACAUUACCACAAUGUGAGGAUGAUAGUCCAACAGCCUCUACCCCUGCAGUGUUGAUUUCAUCUUCUCCACCUACUAGUGAUGCAUUUUUAACAGCCAUACCAGAAAAUCCAAUGCAAGAAUACACACCAGCUGAGUUUGCCAGCAUUAUGGUGGAUCAACUGAAACCAUACACCACCUAUCUGUGUGAAGUAUCAGCAUUCACGAAGGAAGGCGAAGGCCAGACAGCAAGUGCUCUAUUUCGAACACCAGAAUGGCUUCCAGAAGAACCACCUCAAAACCUAAUUGUGAGUAAGAUUAUGUCAAAGUCCUUCCUAAUUAAUUGGGAUCCACCACCAACAAUAACAGGAAGAAUCUUUUACAGAGUUGAACUAAAUGGCCCAUUGGGGAAAAUAUCGCAGAACAGCACCAGAGAGAUGAUGUUCCUUUUUACUAACCUGCUGCCAUUUUCAAAAUAUGAAGUGUUUGUAAUUGCUGAGACAAUGGUUGGACUUGGACCAAAAGCCAGUGUUAAAAUCACUACAUCAUCAGAAGUUCCAGGAGAAGUAUUUGAUUUAAAAGCAACAGAAGUUGAAGCUAAAUCUGCAAGAUUUGAAUGGGGAAAGCCUCGUCAACCAAAUGGAAUUAUAAUCCAGUAUCAAAUCACUGUCUUUCUAAAGGAGUCCCAAACAUCUAUACAAAAUAUCAUCCUGACAGAAAACCACCAGCUGCUGUAUGGAGAUCAUGUCCACAGUAGAUCUGCUGGCAUGGAAACUGCACAGUACUUCAAGGAAAUUGAAAUCUCCACUGAGCCAGUAAAACCUGGUAUGUUGGUUACAGAAACCACUACAUUGACUUCAGAAACUGAUGCAAUUUUUACAGACUUGGAUGAAGGCUCUGCUGAGCUGUUUUCUGAAUCAUCAUCUUUAGAGCCUGCAAUGACUUCACCAACUUUUUCACCAGUUGAAGCACUUAGCACUGUUAGUUCAGAACUGCCUGAGAUUCCUACUAUUGAUGAAAAAAGCUUGGCUGUAUCUGUGCCUGAUCAACUAACAUCACAUGCAAAAAUUUAUUCUAAAACAUCACUGCCUUUAACAAUAAACUCAAUAGCUGCUCCUGGCUUCACCGAAUCAUUUACUAAACAAACAGCCCCUGGUUCCUUGGGGCCCUUUGAAUCUCAUCCUACAAUCAGCAUGUCUCUCAAGCCGAUAUCAGUGUUGUAUAAAAGAUCAGUUACUACAGUUGUCAAGGCAGGUGGGAUUUCCCUGGCUCCAAGUUCUUCACCAUUUCCUCCUUUAUGGAGGCUUCUGGCUAAUGGCCUUCAAAAUAUCACUGUAGAGAAUGAAAGCACUCUCCAGGUCAUUGACCCUACAUCUGAACAGCUGUCAUAUGUUGUAAAAGAACUUGUACCUUAUACUGAUUACAUUAUCAGAGUGUCAGCAUUCACUAUUGUUGGACAAGGACCACCAACUAAUAUUUCCUUGAAGACGCGGCAAUAUGUGCCAGGUUCAGUGCAGAAUGUAACCUAUAAAAAUAUCACUUCUACAUCUAUACUGAUGUUAUGGGACCCACCUGCUUUCCCUAAUGGCAUAAUAACUCAUUACACUAUCUAUGCUGCAGAGGAGGGCACAAAUGAGGCAUUUCAAGGGAUUGUGACAAGCAACAAUAUUACUCUAACAGGUUUAAAAAAGUUUACAGAUUAUAAAAUGAGGGUAACAGCAUCUACCUCUGUAGGUGAAAGUUCAGUCUCUGAAAAGGAUGAUAUUUUUGUGCGAACGCUUGAGGAUGAACCAGAAACCCCUCCUGAAAACUUAACCUUCAAAAAUGUAACUGAAACGUCUGCUUACUUGAGCUGGUCACCUCCAGAGAAGCCGAAUGGGAUUAUUAUAUGCUAUGAAGUCACAUACACCAAUUAUACGGAUUCCUUUAUAAUGAACAUUUCAGAAACAUACAUUUAUCUAGAGAACUUAAAGAAAUUUUCCCCUUAUAACGUCUCUGUCAAAGCAUAUACCAAGUAUGGCCAUGGGAAUCAAACAUCUCCAGUUGUGCUUUUGGUGACAAAACACGAUGUUCCAGAUAGCGCACCACAAAAUAUCACGUAUAUAUUUCUCUCUCCUUUGGAUGUUGAAAUAUCCUUUCUUCCGCCACCAACUCCUAAUGGCAUUAUCCAGUUCUAUACACUGUACCUUACAGCCCAAAACAGCAGUGAAGAGGUCAUUAUAAACAGUAAAAAUUUGACCAUCAAUAUAACAGGUUUACAAGCUAAUGAAAAAUACUCCUUAAAAAUAUCUGCAAGUACUGGCAGGGGUGAAGGAAUUCAAAGCCAACCACUAUAUAUUUUAAGUGGAGAAGGUGUGCCUGGUUCUCCUCCGCAAUCACUCACAUCAAAACAGUUGUCUUCUACCACUGUACAUCUGUCAUGGACGCCUCCCUUGGAACCAAAUGGAGUGAUUCUCUACUACACGGUCUAUAUUUGGAGUGCAACAACAGAACUAAUUUUAAAUGAGAUUGGAACAUCUGUACUGCUGAAAAACUUGGACAAUAAUACUGAAUACUAUGCUUUUGUAACAGCAAAUACUAGGCUUGGUGAUGGUGGAAUGAAAAGUAAUAACAUCACAUUUCAAAUAUCUGAGAGUUCGAGGAACCCUGAAGGCAUUGUCUCCUAUGUCAACAAAAGUUCCACAUCUAUUCAGAUUUUUUGGAACCCUCCCUUUAAAUCUACUGGAAAUGUUCAAUAUUACACAGUUCACUACAGAAAUACUUCUGAUGUUUUCACACAGAAUAUAACAGACUUUGAUCAAGAAAGUAGUGGUGAAAAUGCAAAUGUGAAAGUACUUUUGGUUAAUUUGGCCAAAUUCAGCCACUAUAAAUUGUGGAUGACAGCCUGUAACAUCCUGGGAGAUGAAAUUCGGACGAGUGAACUGAUUGAUGUGUACACUGAUGAAGAUGUACCAUCAACCCCUCCACAAGACUUGGUGAUAGUAAAUUAUACAGCAGACUCUGUCUUGGUUAGGUGGAAACCUAGUCCUAUACCAAAUGGUAUUGUGCAGCUCUACAGUUUUAAAAUAAUUGACAACACAAAUGAAAGCAUGUAUUUUAAGAAUACAACAGGAUUAUUUCAUGAAGCACAUCUCGCUGGCUUUGAACCAUUGCAUGAAUAUCACAUCAGUGUUUCAGCAUUUACCAAAGUGGGAAAUGGAGAUCAAUUUAGUAACAUUGUCAUUUUCAAAAUAAAUGAGUCAGUUCCAGAUACUAUCCGAAAUCUUCAUUGCAGUGCAUCAAGUUGGCAGUCGGUCAUUGUUGAGUGGGAUCCUCCGUCCAAAUCAGAUGGAAUUAUCACUUAUUAUGCACUUGUAUUUGAAAAUAAUGUUCAAAGAAUUGCUCUCAGUGACCGUGUGCAAACUUUUAGAGAACUCCAAUCAAGUACUUCCUACCAGUUCAGUAUAAUGGCUGCUAACUCUGUGGGCCAAGGAAAAAGCAAAAACUGCACUGUCACAACAUUAUCAGAAGCAGUUCCAAGUGCUCCCAAGGAUCCAGAGAUAGUUGGCAUUCAAUCAACCUUUGUUAUUUUGAGAUGGACGCACCCUGAUAUUAUCCCAGGUUAUUUAAGGCUUUUCAGGAUUAUUAUACAACUACGCUCUGCCUUGUGCAUGGACUGGGAAACUCAAGAAUGCGUUGAAGCUGAGCAAAUUGACGAUCGUAACAUUGAUAAUGGUAAUGACACCAUGGAAACAAUAGUACCCGGGUUAAAGAAAUUCCGAUGGUACCGUUUUAGAGUUGCUGCUAGUACAAAUGCUGGAUUUGGAAACUAUUCAACUUGGAUUUCUACAAAGACAGCUGUUGGCUAUCCAGACAGUCCUCCUGAAAAUGUAACUGUUACAGUAAAAUCCUCUGACACCAUUGAGAUUGGCUGGGAAGAGCCUACGAUUAUCACAGGUCCAACCUCUUAUCUAAUAGAUGUAACACCGGUAGAUAGUGGGGACUUCAAUAUGACCAUUCUUAGAUCAGAGAAACAGAACAAAACCUGUGAGAUAUCUGGGUUAAAGCCGUUCACAAAAUACUCUAUAAUCGUCAUAGCGUUUACUGGCAGGGUGGAAGAGGCCCAGUCUCAUGGUAAACCAAGUGAGCCAAUCAUCGUUAGGACACUCGAAGCUUUGCCUAUAGAUGCACCACGGAAUUUUACCCUUCAUAAGAUACCAGAUGAAGUGACAAAGGUUUAUGCUUCUUUCUUGCCGCCAUCUAUGCCAAAUGGUAACGUUCAGGGUUACCAGGCCAUUAUUUACAAAGAAGGAGUAACUUCUGAAAUCCGUGUAAACAACCUGAAAAUUGUUGAAAACAACCAAUCGCUCACUGCUGUCAUAGAAGGGCUGAAAGGUGGAAAUACAUACACCAUACAGGUCCGUGUUGUUAAUGGAGCUGGCGUUGGGCCACAAACAUCAGAACAGAAAGUAACGAUGGACGUGAAAGCUCCACCUAAACCUAAUUUCAAACCAGCUGUUGCCUUAGACAAAAAUGGAGUAUUGCAAGUCACUUCUACAACUAUUACAAUCAGAAUGCCGGUAUGUUAUUUCACAGAUGAACAUGGUUCUAUCAAGAAGGUCCAAGUAAUCGUGACUGAAAUAAGAGCUAUGAAUGAUGGAAAUAUUUCUACAUGGUAUGAUGCUUACAUAAGAAAGCCAAAACCAUAUUUUGCGAAUGAAGGCUUUAACAAUCCACCUUGCAGUGGAACAAAUACAUAUAGAGAGAAUGCUAAUGAAGAAACAUAUACCAUUGGAGCUGAAAAAUCAUGUCAACAAAAUGCAGAGAGAAUUUGCAAUGGGCCCUUAAAACAUGAUAAACAGUACUUAUUCAAGUUCCGAGCAACAAACUUUCAAAGACAAUUUACUGAUUCAGAUUACUCUGAUCCAGUCAAAACUCUAGCCGGAGGUCUGUCAGGAAGAAGCAUUGAAAUAAUCCUUGCAGUGACCUUGUGUGUGCUUUCUAUCAUUCUCCUUGUGAUAGCAGCCUAUGUGAUUGCAAGAAUAAGACAAAAGCAGAAGGAAGGAGGCACAUACUCUCCAAGGGAUGCAGAAAUUAUUGACACUAAGUUCAAGCUGGACCAGAUGAUUGCAGUGACAGACCUGGAACUAAAGGAGGAGAAGCUGACACGGUUGCUCAGUUAUAGGAAAUCUCUCAAGCCCAUUAACAAGAAGUCAUUUCUUCAGCAUGUAGAAGACCUGUGUGUUAACAACAACCUGAAGUUUCAAGAAGAAUUUUCGGAGCUCCCCAAACUGGGUCAAGAACUCACAUCAUCUGAUGCUGAUUUGCCUUGGAACCGAACCAAGAAUCGCUUUGCAAAUAUAAAACCGUAUAAUAAUAACCGAGUGAAACUCAUGCUUGAGGCUGGUGUCCCUGGGUCUGAUUUCAUCAAUGCUAGCUAUGUGUCAGGUUACCUGUGCCCAAAUGAGUUUAUCGCUACUCAGGGCCCAUUACCAGGAACAGUGGCAGAUUUUUGGAGAAUGAUUUGGGAGACAAGAACUCAAUCCAUAGUGAUGUUGACGCACUGUUUUGAAAAGGGCAGAGUAAGAUGUCACCAAUAUUGGCCUGAGGACAACAAGCCAGUAACUGUGUUCGGAGAUAUUGUGAUCACUAAACUAGCAGAAGAUAUUCAGGCAGAUUGGACUAUUAGAGAACUGAAAAUUGAAAAGUAUGGCGAUUAUAUGAUGGUGACGCAUUUCAACUUUACUUCUUGGCCUGAACAUGGCGUUCCUGAGACCUGUGCGCCUUUGAUUCAUUUUGUCAAGUUAAUUCGAGCAAACAGAGCCAAUGAUAACACCCCUAUUGUUGUGCAUUGCAGUGCUGGAGUAGGAAGGACAGGGGUCUUCAUUGCACUCGAUCACCUUAUACAGCAUGUGAACCACCAUGACUUUGUGGACAUCUUUGGGUUUGUAGCAGAGUUACGAAGUGAACGAAUGUGCAUGGUUCAGAACUUGGCUCAAUACAUGUUCUUACAUCAGUGUGCUUUGGAUCUAUUGAAUAACAAAGGAACCAGUCGAUCGCUGUGGUUUGUGAAUUAUGCUGCUUUGCAAAAAAUGGACUCUCUGGAUACAAUGGAGGGUGAUGUGGAAUUAGAGUGGGAGGAAACAACCAUGUAAUUCUCAGACACUGCUGAAGGAUAUAAAGAGGGUUGCAUUAAACUCAUUUCAGGAAAUGAACACAAGAG